UCGGUCGUUCGAUAAUUGUGUUGUUUAGUACUUAAAAAUUGGUGUUCAGUUUCGAUUCGGUGCAAACGAGUGGAUCCGGCGUGGUGAGGUAAUGGGCGGUGUGGAUACAAGUCGCUGGAAACCUCGUCGUACGAAGGGCACAGUGAUAUACAAAACAAGAAACAGCUUCGCUUGGGCGACAAUAGCAGCCGGUGCGCUCUUCUUCGGAGUGUUUUACUCCUUCGUGAGCUACUUGGGAGGGGAUGAACUGAAGCAGCGGAUGCAGAGAGACUUUUACGAGAAGACUGAAGAGGAGAUCGAUCGGCAGAAUCUCUUCAAACAUAGCUUACUGGCACCAAAACGUGGCGACACCAUUCGGAAGCUGCUACAAGACGAAGAAGACGACCGGAUCAGAAAGUAGGCAUGAGCAAACGGAUCAAGUACGCAAAGCUGCGGCUUGCGAAACCAAACGAUGCGACCAACGUUUCCGGGGGUGCCGGUGAGCAAGAUCCCGAGGCAGUGUCUGUGGGGUAAUGGCAUUAGAGAAUAGGGGCAAUCGAACCCCGGUGUAGUUUGUAACUAGUCAAUAAAGUAUAA